AAAGCAAGUUGCUAGGUCCUUUGAACCAGCAACUGAAGCUUCCUCGUCUCAUCAUCGAGACCAGUAAGCAACAUGGCGGCUAAUCUCAAGUGGGCUCCUGUUCUAGCCCUCGUCGUCGUCGUUGCUGCCAUGGUUGGCACCACGAGCGCCGGCAACAUCGCAGUGUACUGGGGCCAGAACGGCAACGAAGGCAGCCUGGCGGACGCCUGCAACUCCGGGCUCUACGCCUACGUCAACAUCGCGUUCCUCACAACCUUCGGCAACGGACAGACCCCAGUCCUCAACCUCGCCGGACACUGCGACCCCGGCUCUGGCAGCUGCACCGGCCAGAGCAGCGACAUCCAGACCUGCCAGUCGCUGGGCAUCAAGGUGCUCCUCUCCAUCGGCGGCGCCAGCGGCAGCUACGGCCUCUCCUCCACCGACGACGCCAACAGCGUGGCCGACUACCUGUGGGACAACUUCCUGGGCGGCAGCGGCUCGUCCCGCCCGCUCGGCGCCGCCGUGCUCGACGGCAUCGACUUCGACAUCGAGAACGGCCAGUCGGCGCACUACGAUGACCUGGCGAACGCGCUCAAGGGCAAGGGGAGCGUGCUGCUGACGGCGGCGCCGCAGUGCCCCUACCCGGACGCGUCGCUGGGGCCGGCGCUGCAGACGGGCCAGUUCGACAACGUGUGGAUACAGUUCUACAACAACCCCGGGUGCGCGUACGCCAACGGGGACGACACCAACCUGGUGAACGCAUGGAACACGUGGACCAGCAGCAUCACCGCGGGGAGCUUCUACCUCGGCGUCCCAGCGUCUCCCCAGGCCGCGGGCAGCGGGUACAUCGACCCCGGCACCCUGACGGGCACGGUGAUCCCCGCCAUCCGAGGCAUUGGCAACUACGGCGGCAUCAUGGUGUGGGACCGCUUUAACGACGUGCAGAACAACUACAGCAGCCAGGUGAAGGGCAGCGUCUGAUGGGCAUACCGCAUACGAAGCUUCAAGCUACAGCACCUAGCCAUGCAUAUAUAUAUAGUGGCUAUUCGUCAAGUUAUCGGACUGCUAGAUACAAAUAUAAUAAGAGCGGAUCAUCGGGAGACAAAGACGCAUGUCAGCUAUUGUCUCGUUUUCUAAGCAACGAGCGAGAGCUGCAUGCGCUGGUUAGAUUUAAUAUGGAUAUUGCCCAUACGUUAUGUAAUUAAAUCAAAUAAAUGUUAAGUUCAUAUUGAAUGUGUCGAAUCCCAUGGUACAACCCUAUUUAAUAUGAGUCUCUUAGGGUUUCUAUAGAAUUAAUUGAAAAAAUACAAGAGAAGAACUCUU